GCCAGAUUACAGCUAAGAAAAUCCCGCCGCUCACAGCGACCAAAUUUAAAUCCCCUCCCUACAUGGGGACAAUUAAAGAAAUUGACCAUAGAAGGGCAACGGCUUGUCCUUCAAGCAGGAAAGCCUUUAAACCCCGAAAACUUGUUUUUAGCUUUAUGUGCCUUGCUCACCGUUGCAUCGGGGACUGAGUCUUCCAGAUCCAAAGAAAAUAACUGACGGAGCUCCUAUAUUUCAACAAAAGACGGCUCUCUUGUGGUGGGGAGAUGGUGGAAUCGCUAACCCUGCUGUUGCAGCCGAAGAAUACCCUCAUCACCUUCAAAAUCAUAUUUGGAAGAUCCCAGCCGCUAUGCAACCUGUAACCUUGUACAAUGUUUCAUAUUCAGGGACUAGUCGAUCUGUAUCUACUACUUAUAAUUUUACUAGGUUUAAAAUGUAUAAUAUUACUGUUUGUGCACCUCUACCUUAUGUCUUUUUAGUGGGAACUUUUAAUUUUACACAUUUUUCUUGUACUUGUUUAAAUUGUCAAUUGUUUACAUGCUUAAAUAGCACACUAAAUUUCACUAAGCCUUAUACAGUUAUGCUGUUACAACAAAAAACUCAUAUUUGGUUGCCUGUAAAUUUAACUCGACCUUGGUCUCAAGACCCGGUAAUUUCUGUUACUACUGAAUUUUUUAAACAUCUGUUAAAACGUACAAAAAGAUUUAUUGGAAUAGUGGUUGCUGUACUGUUAAGUCUGAUAACUGUAGCCUCUCUAGCAGCAGUCUCAGGAGUAGCUUUACAUACCUCUUUGCAAGAAAAACAUGUUGUCGAAUUAUGGCAUGAGAAUUCUCAUGAACUUUGGUUAACUCAGUGGCAAAUAAACGCCAAACUACAACAACAAAUAGACCUCCUUAAACAAACAGUUGAAUGGAUGGGUAGAAAAAUAUUGGCUCUUCAGCAUCAAGUGUUUUUAAAAUGUGAUUGGAAUUCAACUACUUUCUGUAUAACCCAACGACCUUAUAAUCAGACAGAACAUGAAUGGGAAAUGAUUAGAAUGUAUUUAAAUGGAAACACCUCUGCCCAGGAGGAAAUAGAAUCUUUGCAUAAUCAAAUUGACAAGGAUUUUGCAAAGCAAAAUGAUGAUGAAUCUCUAGCACAAUUCGCGCAAUUGCUUGCUCAAUCUUUGAAAGGAUUAGAUUCCAAAGGAAUCUGGCAGAGCAUUACCCACACUUUUAGUGGCAUGGGACUUAGUUUAAUUAUAGUUCUCAUUGCCAUAGUUCUUGUGUAUUUUUACUGCAUAAGACGAAAUGCUAUUAAUAACCUGAUCUUAUGGAAAUUAUUGUUAAAAAAUAAAAAGGAAGGAAGUGUGGGGGAUGAGGUGUCACUUUGUAGGCCCAACCCCCUCUAACCUGCAAUUUACAAUAGCCGCCCUGGUAUGCGAGAAGGAGGUAGAACGGGAAUGCCUGUUCUCAGUGAGCCCUCACCCUCUGGAAUCCAUACUGUGAGCUGGCUUUGUUUUGCAGAAGUCUUGAGGAAGUGGCUGGCCACCCUUUGUGACACUAACAGCAGACAAAUUAACAACAUUCUUGAGCUAAUGAAUUUCUUCCUGGGCUAGAGAAGUUGUGAGAACUGGUUGUGAUUAUUUACUUCACUUAGAUAGUUUUAGAAUAAACAUUGUAGUCUGUCACGUUGUAGCUUGCCACAAAGAAUGCCUUUUCACUACUUAAUUAUCUGGGCUCUGUGAAUUGAUCGGGUUUACUAUAUAUGAAUCCUAAAAUAAAGAUUGUGCGUACAGUGCAGUGCAGUGCAGUGUAACGCGGUGCAGACAGCAAA